UCAAUUUUUUUUUUUAAAGUGGAGAUUGAAUGUGGACAUGUAAAGACUGCAACUACACCUGUGAAAGAAGAUCGCUGCUACUGAAGCACUACAAACUUCUGCAUGGACAUUAUGGACGAGGUUACGCUUAUCCCUGCACCUACCACGAGUGCGUGUGCAGAUUCAAAACCUGGAAUAGCCUUUUGAGCCACUUGUCAUGAAAUCACUCCACUUUUAAAUCUCAAGAAAACAUCUCAACAUUCAUAUGUCCCAUUUGUGGUUGCAAUCAGGACUCCAUACCAGCGGAUUUUUUCAAGCAUAUAUUUGGCCACCUCAAAAACAGUGAAACUCUCACGUGCGUCUUCAGAAACUAUGAAUACAAAACAAAUGUCUAUGAACGAUACAGAACUCAUAAAUACAGAAAACAUUCCAGUAAUGCUUGUGAUUUUAAACCAGGCAUUGUUCAAAUAGAUGAGAAUACUGAAGAAUUUGAUGGAAAAUUGUCAGAUGUGGAGAGCGAUAUUGACUGUCAAGAGGAUUUGAAUGUUCUAUCAAACAGUGAUUAUUCUCAACACCUGGAAAAGUGUCUGGAGCGCAAAUUAGCUGCUGUUCUUCUCAAAUUAGAAAGUAUAUUUUUGAUAUCAAACACAGCUAAAGGAAACUUAGCGUACCACGCCUAUAACAAAGCAUUAACCCUAAACACAAAGCCGAAAUCUGACAUCUUGAAUGUUCUCACUGAGGACAUUUACAAGUACACCCCAUACCCUACAGAUGCUCAUUUCAGUGAAGUGGCAAAAGCACUGAUCGAAAAACAUCCUUGCUUGAAAGAACCUGGGUCGUUUAAUGGUGCUUACGGAUGGAAGCAGAGACUUAAGUACAAAAUGGGGAAUUACAGAACUCAGCUGAAAGUUCUUGGAUGCCCUGAGUUGUCCAUUAAUGCCAAGUCCAAAGAUAACAAAUCUGCAGCCAGGAAGAUGAAACGAGCAAGAAGGGCAGAGGCCAACUUUUACCCGACGUUGCUUCUAGGAGAGACAAGUGAUACCCUUGAAAGAGAAAGACUUGAUAUACUGAUGGAAAUGCAGAAACGAAACGACGACCAAGUUGUCCGUGACAAAAUGGCCUGGACAUUUGCCUAUAGACGACAAGAAGUGGUUGACCAACAGCCCAGGAUUGAGGACUUCAAGACCAGAUGGCCUGCCCUUUUUAGUGAACGAGAGGUUAAUGAAGAGUUCCACAGGCUGGUGGCCAUCCCUCUGGAGUCCCAGUUUAUGGAACAACUGGAUCACUACUCCAGCAGACUGUUGGCAUUGGCAAGAUCCAAGAGAGGGACAGCAGGGGACAAAAUCUCUCCAAUCUUGCAUACUUUUGACCAGGCCGAAGACAUCAAUGUGAAGAGAGAAUGUCUCCUGAAGGCUCUCAUCAUUCUUCUUGGGGAGGAUACUCUUGAUCUUGUCAAAGAGUUUGUGGACAGUCAGCAAGAUGGCAUUCAGGCUGAUUUGGAGCAGGUGACCAUGGCAGUGUUUUCCAUUCGACAAGAAGGUUGUGCUGAACUUCCCCCCGGAGGACAUUGGUAUCGUUAUCGAAGGCAUAACAGUCUUGCAUGGACUCAGCUCAGUCUCAUCUGCUUUUGCCUUAUUCUUCUUUCAACGUUUCGUGUUAUCCAAUAACACUUGGUCAGGAGAUUAUGGAGAAUAGAAAUUUGAAAACAACCAAAUAAACGUCUCCCAGG